UGCUGACAUAAAGCUGCGAAAGGGCAUCACUGCCUUUCUAGGGACAGGACGAGGUCGAUCCCUUCUCCAGAACCUAAGCUGCGAACUUUGUACCAAAAUGUUCCCCGCUAGCUUCGCAGUGACCCUGCUGUCCAUCCUCCAGCAUGCCCAUGCCCAGCUCAACACUGUUACCACGCCGAGCCUCAACGUCACCGCCAUCGGUGCCGCGGACGGCGCGUCGACGAUAGAGUGCUGGCAGUUCGGCCCCUUUGUUUCCUCCUCGGUGCCCGGCGUCGCGGGCGCGCUCGGGCUCUUCCUGGGCUCAUCCUCCAACGCCACAUUCACCGUCAUUCCUGCACGGUUCGACGGCGGCUUGCAUAACGCCCCCGUUCCUCAGUUCGUCUACUUCACGUCGGGGCUUGUUCACAUCACGCUUCCAGGCAGCGCCGACGACGCGUGGAUCCACGGCGGCAAGUACGGCCUCAUAGUCGCGGCCGACACCCGUGACGUCUCGGCCCUGGGCCAUCGCACCGAGUACCCGUCGGCGGCGGACACGGUGGCGCUGCAGGUUCCCAUAGCGGAGGGGUCCACGUUCGAACACCGUCUCCUCCACCGGGGCGCGUGUACUGCAAUGGAGAUGUCGGGCUUUUGACGGGAGACAAGCAGGGACUGCGUGCGCCUCUGUUUAUUUUCCGGAUCGCCAUCACACCCGCCGACUUGGCAGGCGGGGAGAGACACAGAGUUCGAUAGCCUGUCUAGUGAUGCAUCUACCCCAGCUUUUCGGGUAGCCGAAUCUCCACAAAUCUCACACUGCUGAAGCUUUUCGUUGGCAGAUUGUUGAUGCAUGGAGAAAGUCCACCAAUUGAAGUGCCAUCACCAGCCGGA